UCUCAGCAAGGAAGCUGAUUGAGACUUUAUUAGCUAGCGAUUGUCCAAGAACGUUAUUUUAAUACUUGGAAUGUCUGCCAAUAUUAUACAUCUAAGAUCAAAUAUUGCUACAAACUGGACAACAUGGAGGUGAUUAUACAAAGGGCAUUUUCAUAGAGGAUCAAUAAUGCUGCUUCACAUCCAAAUAUAGUUCAGUUGGAUUCAAGCAAAAGUGCGAGCAAAAGUGGCUGAUUCAGCGCUGGUAUCAUGACGUCAUCACGCAGACUGGGUCUCACUGCUCUUCCACAUCGUCAGAUUCCAUCUCGAGGAGCGUGGAAGUGGACUCUCUCUCUCUCUCUCUCUCUCUUUCUCUCGCUGUCUGUGUGUUGUUGUACACGGCGGACACGCAGACAUGACGUCACAGGCGCGAUGGAUUCCUCUUCGUCUUCUUCUUCUUUUGACUUUUGCAGCAUAAAGGGGACCCGGUGAGAGCGAAAGAGUAGCAAGCAGGUUUCUUCCUCUCCCUGUGACAUCAUCACAUCAUGCCUGAGGGGUCACGGCGGGGCAGUCCCAGAUCGUCCGGCAAAGCAGCUGCCAAGCGUCCCUCCUCGGUGUCCUCGCUGAGCGGGAUUGUGGGUAGGAUGAUGUCCUCGGCCGAGCGAGGAGCCUCGUCCUCCUCGUGCACGUCCGUCAACACCGUCUGCUCUGACUGUGAGCGACCCGCCUCGCUGUCCCUGUCCUCCUCCACCUCCUCGGUGUCCCUCCAGGACGCCUCGCACUCCUCCUCCUCGUCCUCGUCUUCGUCCUCGCUGCCGUACGGCGCCGUGCCGACCUACAACGCCUCCUUGUCGUCGUCGUCGUCCACGCCCAAGAGGAACGGCUCGGACAUCAGCCUGGACCUCACCCCGCUCGUCACGCCGCACGCCGCGGGAGGCCGCGUCGCCAUGGUGUGCGGGGGUCGCGCCCCCGUUGGAAGUCUGGCUAAUCCUGUGGCGGGGGCGUCGGGGGCGCCGCCCAGGCAGCUGUCGCGGCUGGAGCGAGUGGUGAUGGAGAUCGUGGAGACGGAGCAAGCGUACGUGAGGGAUCUGAAAAGCAUCGUGGAGGACUAUCUGGGCUGCAUCAUCGACUUCGGUGGUCUCCCUCUGGCGCCAGAGCAGGUCAGCACGUUGUUCUGCAACAUCGAGGACAUCUACGAGUUCAACAGUGAACUUCUGGAGGAUUUGGAAAGGAGCCCUCAUGCCGCCGCCAUCGCUGACUGCUUUGUGGAAAGGAGUGAAGCGUUCGACAUCUACACGCUGUACUGCAUGAACUACCCCAAUUCUGUGGCAGUUCUGAGGGACUGCAUGAAGAACCAAAGCCUGGUCCGCUUCUUCCAGGAGAGACAGACAACUCUCAACCACUCCUUGCCUCUGGAGACGUACCUCCUCAAACCUGUGCAGCGCAUCCUCAAGUACCACCUCCUGCUACAGGAACUCUCCAAGCACUUGGACAAGAGCGAUCCGGGCUACGAGGUGGUGGAGGACGCCAUCAUCACCAUGACGGCGGUGGCCUGGUACAUCAAUGACAUGAAGAGGAAACAGGAGCACGCCAUCCGCCUGCAGGAAAUCGAGUCCCUCCUGGUGAACUGGAACGGUCCGGACCUGAGCGGCUUUGGCGAGCUGGUCCUGGAAGGUUCCUUCAAGGUGCAGCGGGUGAAGAAGGAGCGAGCGUUCUUCCUGUUCGACAAGAUGCUGCUGAUCGCCAAAAAGCGCGCCGAUCAGUUUGUGUACAGCACGCACAUCUUCUGUUGCAACCUGAUCCUCGUCCACGCGCUGAAGGAGCCGCUGUGUUUCCGAGUGUCCGACCUGAUGAUCCCCAAACAGCAGCACGUGGUCCAGACUAAAAACAUGGAGGAGAAGAGGCUGUGGGUGCACUACCUCAAGAAACUCAUCGUCGAAAACCAUCCCGCUUUGCUACCACACAAGGCCAGACAGGUCCUGGGAGACAACUUCUACCAGUCCCCACAGCUGAACCAGGACCAGCUGAAGAAGUCUUCAGCUUCCCCACGACUGGAUGACAUUCACGCUUACCACCGCGGCAGACGGCAGUCAGAACCACCAGAACUGCUGACGUAUACGCCUGAAAAGAACAGGAAGGGUCUGCCGUUGCUGCUGGAGGGAAAUCUGCCGUACAGACGAACCAGGAGACAGUCGGCGCCAGCGAAGGAUAUCGAAGCAGCGUUUCAUCCGCACGGUGAGCAAGUUCCUCUCACUAAAUCAAUCCGUUGAUUAAGCCAAGCGCUUGCAGCAGUUUUAGCUUCGGCAAUUAUGUAGACACCGUUCACGCAUGACUCAUGCCUCUGUUUGUAAAACUAAUAAGCUCCAGUUGGGCUUCAGAUGUGGAACGGAAUGGCAAUAAAGACAAGCCAUAGUGUCUCAGGUCCAAAUGGUUUUAGAGUGUAAGACUGAUUUAGGAGCAAAGGAAACGUCGAAAGCUGUGUUGCAAGCGUUAUAAAGACUUUGAAUACCGAAAAUAAAUACUCAUAAAAAUUGGCCCACUCUGUAUUUGAGUUUGACACCCCUGUGUUAGAUUGUUAGUAUGGACAUAGACUUUUAUAUAACAAGCUACAUAUUUAAUGAAAGAUCCAUCCAUCCAUCCAUCUUCUUCCGCUUAUCCGAGGUCGGGUCGCGGGGGCAGCAGCUUAAGCAGGGAAGCCCAGACUUCCC